AUGAAUUACCCUCCACCACCGCCAUCAGAGCCUCAGUGGGGUUACCCUCCGCCGCCGGGGACUCCGUCUGAUGGAUACUACACGCCGCCAUCAGGUUACCUGCCGUACUACUCUCCAACGUAUUACACCCUUCCUGCACCUCCGCCGCCUGAUCCGAUCCUCCCGUACUUCCCUUUCUACUACAAGAGGCCGCCGCCGCCGCCCCGGUCCUCCGCCGCUAUAGCUCGCAGUGGUGCAAUCUGUGUGCCUUUGUUCACAGUGUUACUUCCAUUUCUUAUCUGGUAG